AUGGCGAUGGGAAUUCUUCUAAUUUAUUCCUGUCGUUACUAUGUUACAGUAUUCUCAGCCGUGGGAGGAAUCAAGGGUUCUUUGACUGAAGGAUGGGUUGUUUCGAUAUCUGUAGCGAUCUUGGUCUGUAUUUUCUUGGUACAGAGGUUUGGCACAGAUAAAGUUGGUUAUAGCUUUGCACCGAUUAUUAUAGUGUGGUUUCUUUUUAUCGGCGUCAUUGGCAUCUACAACUUUUGUAAGUACGACCCUGGGGUGAUCAAAGCCUUUAAUCCAAAAUACAUCGUAGACUACUUCAGCAGGAGCAAGAAGGAUGCUUGGAUUUCGCUUGGUGGGAUCGUCCUUUGUAUCACAGGAACUGAGGCAAUGUUUGCUGAUCUUGGCCACUUCACGGUGCAAUCGAUACAGAUUAGCAUGUGCUCAGUUGUUUGCCCAUCACUCAUCCUUGCGUAUACUGGCCAAGCAUCCUACCUACGAAAGCACAACGAGCAUGUGGAAGACACCUUUUACAAGUCUAUACCAAGUCCCUUGUACUGGACCAUGUUUGUGGUGGCGGUAGGUGCUGCAAUCAUCGCUAGCCAAGCAAUGAUAUCAGGGACAUUCUCCAUUGUACAGCAGUCCCUUGCUAUGGGGUGCUUUCCACGUGUGAAGGUGGUACACACAUCCUCAAAGUACGAAGGGGAAGUCUUCAUACCUGAGGUCAAUUACCUCCUCAUGAUUGCGUGUGUGCUGGUUACAGCAGGAUUCCGUGCCACGGAAAAGAUAGGCAAUGCAUAUGGGAUUGCAAUUGUGUUCGUGAUGACACUCACGACUGCACUUGUAACCUUAGUCAUGGUCAUGAUAUGGAAGACCAACAUCUUCCUAAUCCUGGCCUUUGUCCUUGUAAUUGGCUCAGUCGAACUCCUUUAUCUGACCUCCGUCCUCUACGAAUUCACCCAAGGUGGCUACUUCCCCUUAGCCUUUGCUGCCUUCCUCAUGACUGUCAUGAGUGUAUGGAGCAUGGUACACCUCCGCAAAUACAAUUAUGAGCUCCAACACAAAGUCCCGACCAGAAACUUGCUUGACCUGACCACAAAACCGGAGGUCCACCGGGUCCUGGGCAUCGGUCUAUUCUACUCUGAGCUAGUAGAGGGCGUCCCACCCAUUUUCUCUCACUACAUUGACGAUGUGCCUGCCGUCCACAAAGUUUUAGUCUUUGUGUCCAUGAAGUGGCUCCCUAUAGGGUGGGUCCCACAAGAUGAACGCUUCUUGUUUAGGCGAGUAGGGCCCUGUGAGCUUGGGGUUUUUAGAUGCAUAGUGAGAUAUGGUUACACUGAUGCAGCUUUGGUUCAUGGGGAGUUUGAAGCCAGGAUCGUAGAGGGGUUGAAGCAGUUUAUAAACUCCGAGCACAUGUGGAGUAUGGGGGAGGAUGGGGAGGUUGUAGCAAGAGAGUCUAAUGAUAAAGAGGAGGUAGAGAGAGAAUUGAGGGAGGUGGAGAAGGUAAUGAGUACGGCAGUAGUGUAUUUAGUGGGUCAGACUGAGGUGGUGGAUAGGAGCGAGGCGAGGUGGUGGGAGAAGGUGCUGAUAGACUAUCUAUAUACUUGGUUGAGGAGGAAUGUGAGGCAGGGGGUGGAGGUGCUGCGUAUUCCUCAUACAAGAAUGGUGAAGGUGGGAAUGACUUAUGAGCUCUAACCAACCCAAUUGAUUGGUUAGGGAGAGAGAGGGUGACUCUUGGUGUCCCUCCAAGAGGUUUCCCAAUUUUGCUUAUCCUGUUUUUCCUCUUUUUUCGGUGUAUGUGAUGUGAAAGCAAGGAAAAGAGAAUAUACAUGAAAACCAACAUACAUAAGGAAGAUUUAUUUGAAUUGAA